AUGUCGUCUGUUAGCGGCUGUCUCAACGAUGACUCGCUGGGGCCUGCUGUGCGUGGCUGUAGAGGCAACUUUGACUUUACCGUUGCAUUUGAAGAUGUCGUCUUUGUGAUUGUACCAGCUGCUGCCUUCAUCUGUCUUGGCUUCCCUCGUAUUUUGACACUCUGUCGCCGCCGUCGCCCAAUUGUCGGCCCUUCGGCAGUUCAGUGGACGAAGCUGCUUGUCCUCAUCAUUCUGGGACAAAACUCUUCUCAGUUCACUUCAGGACGUUCUUUGGCUACUGCCUCCCUUGCUUUCAUUGCAGCCCUGCUUCUUAUCGCGCUGUCAUGGAUUGAGCAUUCGAGGGCCCCGCGACCUUCAACAGCCAUCGCUGCCUACCUCUCCGUCACGCUAUUAUUUGAUGUUGCUCGGACACGGACAGCCUGGCUUCUAACUCCAUUGGGGCUGGACCAGAAAUAUGCUUCUGUAUUGACAACCGCCACUAUCCUCAAAGCUCUCAUGAUUUACCUGGAAUCUCAACAGAAAGAGAAAUGGCUGGGCUGGGACAUGAAGCAGCAUAGCCCUGAGGAGACGAGUGGUAUUUGGAAUCUUGGCGUCUUCUUUUGGCUGAACACGUUGUUCAUGAAAGGCUAUCGUGUUAUCCUGACGCUGGAGAGUCUGUACCCCCUCGACAGAGCACUUGAAGCUGAGACACACCACCAUCUUGUUAAGAGAGUUCGGAAUAAUCCAUACAAGACUCAAAAGUAUGGUCUAGCACGUUUACUGCUGCAGAUCCUAGCUAUCCACUUAUUACCACCCAUCAUUCCCCGUGCAGCGCUCCUCGCUGCCAGCAUGUGCCAACCAUUUCUCAUCCACGCCCUUCUGCACUACCUAGAAAACGAUAACCAAAAUAAGAGUCAUGGAUAUGGACUCAUUGGCGCGACAGCUCUGACUUACGGCGCCAUUGCGUUCUCAACUGCAUUAUACUGGUACUUCCAGGAGCGUUUCGUCAUCAUGGUUCGAGGCAUUCUUGUGCUCGCCGUGUAUGAAAAGACCACAGAGCUUAAAAUGCCCACGGAAGGCGAUUCCGGCGCCCUCACGUUGAUGAGCACCGACGUGGAGCGUAUCACAAGAGGCAUCCUCGACCUCCAUGAAUACUGGGCCAACACAAUCCAGAUUGCUCUUUCUUGCUGGCUACUCCAGCGAGAGCUCGGCGCUGCAUUCGCUGCCUCCCUUGGUGUAGUUGCAAUCUCAACUCUCACAGCGUUCGGGAUAGGCAAACUCCUUGGGCCACGUCAAAAGGCGUGGAUGGAAGCCAUCGAGACGAGAGUUAAUGUCACUGCGGCUGCUAUUGCACAGAUGAAGCUGGUAAAGAUGUCUGGCAUGACAAAGCCAAUCGAAUCUUGUGUGCAGAGACUGCGUGUAAGAGAGAUUGAGGUCGGUGGCCAAUGGCGUAUGCUUCUUGCUGCAGCGGCCACAGUCUCGCAGGUUCCCAUGACCUUAUCUCCCGUUAUCACUUUUGCGGUGGCUACCAAAACGCUCAACACGACAUCCAUCUUUGUUUCCAUCUCCUACCUUACCCUUCUCGCGUCGCCUCUUAUGAUAAUCUUUCAGAAGAUCCCUCAGUUCCUUGGAGCUCUAACAUGCCUUCAACGGGUCCAGACGUAUCUGGAACGCGACUCAAGGUUUGAGUAUCGUCAUCUCGAUCAUGGUAUGAUGUCAACCACGUGUAUGACUCCGUCUCCUUCUCCACCUUCUGUCUCGGAAACUAGCGGAAGCUGCAUCGAGAUGGAGACUCAUCCAGGGAAAGGCACUCCUCACAUCGUGAUCAAGGACGGCAGCUUCAGCUACCACGAGAGCGUUACUGUUCUCACACAUGUCAACAUAAGCAUUCCAACAUCACGUCUCACAGCUGUUGUUGGUCCUGUUGCCAGUGGAAAAUCCACUCUAUGCAAAGCCAUUCUCGGCGAAGUCCCGUUUGCGACUGGAUCCACGACUAUACUCCGUUCCAGAGUCAUUGGCUACUGUGAUCAACAGCCAUUUCUGACAAAUACCUCCAUCAGAGACAACAUCAUUGGGGAUAGCCACUUUGACGAUAAGCUCUACACUUCCGUUAUAAAUGCUGCCAUGCUCGACCACGACAUCGUAAACCUCCCUCAGGGCGAUAGCACAAUGGUUGGAAGUAGUGGUAUUGCCUUGAGCGGCGGACAGCGGCAACGAGUGGCGAUUGCAAGGGCCCUAUACCUUGUAGAUACCAAACUCUUGAUCUUUGAUGAUGUACUCAGCGGUCUGGAUGCCAGAACAACUGAUCAUAUUUUUCGACAUGUCUUUGGACGAGAUGGAAUGCUCCGUCGUCGUGGCGCCACUGUUAUUAUGUGCACACACAACCUUCGACACUCUCAAGCUGCGGACCAUAUCAUAACAGUCAGCAGUAAAGGAGAAGUGUCUGAAGAGAAACCCACGGCCGACACAAAUGUGCUUCCAAACACUGAUCCAGGUUCCGAUUCAGAGUCAACUUCGACUGAGGCGCUUGAAAGUGCACAAGAGCCAGCACCUCCCUACUCACUACCAGCUGGAGCAAUGACAGUGGAAGAAGCAGCGGCCCGAAAACUGGGUGACGGGAGCGUCUUUGGCUAUUACAUACGUACCAUCGGCUUGAUUCCAGUUGUCGCCUUCGCUUUCGCUUGCGUAUGCAAUGGCUUCCUCAACAACUUCCCACGCAUAUGGCUCACUUUCUGGGCUGACGAUGCGGCUCGGCCACAGAGAGGCAUGGCACAAAUACACUCUCAGGCCUACUACAUCGGUAUCUAUGGAAUGCUCCAGGUACUAGCCUUGAUAUCCUUCAUGGCUGCUGUGGUGCUGGUUCUGGGCCCUUUCAUCCGUCUCAGUGGCUCGGUGCUGCACCAGAGGGCGUUGGAGACUGUCAUCAACGCACCGUUGCAACUGCUGACGACAACGGACACUGGCACCAUCACCAACUACUUUUCCCAAGAUAUAACCAUCAUUGAUAAUGAGCUCCCUAUGGCUGUAGCCAACGUGGUGCUGGAUGUCUUUGGCGUUAUUGGAAUGGGUGUCCUUAUAGCGUCGUCAUCACCGUGGCUAGGACUUACUUACCCAGCUAUGAUACUAAUCUUAUGGUUGAUACAACGGUUCUACCUCCGAACGUCUCGGCAGCUUCGACUACUAGACCUCGAGGCCAAGAGUCCGUUAUACACACAUUUUCUAGAUACGUCGAGAGGCAUCGCCACCAUUCGUGCGUUAGGCUGGACGGGAGAAAGCAUCAAGCAUAAUCACCGAUUGCUGGACCAGUCCCAGAGACCGAUGUAUCUACUUUCAAUGGUACAGCGCUGGCUAUACCUGACCUUAAACGCGGUCGUUGCUGUCACGGCAACGGCUCUCGUAGGUUUGAUAACUCAGCUUCGGUCUAGUUCAAGUCUUUCCGGUGCGUCUCUCGUCACGCUGAUGAUGUUGAGUCAGUCGUUGAGCGAUAUUGUGCGGUUCUACGCUGCGCUGGAGACCUCUAUUGGAGCUGUAGCUCGGCUCCGGAAUUUUACUACCAAGACUGGGACGGAAAGUAGUUUGCAUGGUGAUAUAAGACUUGAUCAGCAGUGGCCAUCGAAAGGAGCCAUCGAAGUCCGAGGAGUUUGGGCGACAUACAAAUCCAGUGGUGGUGCUGAGGAAUACGCCCUGCAAGGAAUCGACGUCUCGAUCCGAGCAGGUGAGAGGAUAGCCUUGUGCGGUCGUACAGGAAGCGGAAAGUCUUCUCUCAUUCUCCUCCUUCUCGCUCUGUUAGAACCUGUGCAAAAGGAUAAUGUCGAGUACAUGCUGUCCAUUGACGGUGUCCCUCUGUUGUCUAUAAGUCCUCAGACGCUACGAGAAAGAAUAAUAACCGUCCCUCAGGACCCAGUAUUCUUAUCAAUGGGCAGUACGGUUAUGGAAAAUCUAGAUCCGCUUGGGUUAGCGACGACAGAGCAGUGUCGCGAAGUUCUGCAAGCAACUGGCCUCUGGAACAUGGUCGACUCACAGGGUGGGCUCGGCAGUGUUCUUUCAGAAUCUUCAUUGAGUCAAGGGCAAAGGCAGGUCUUUAACAUUGCUCGAGCAGUACUUAAGCGGAGAACAUCGAGUAGUUGUGUACUCCUGCUGGAUGAGUUUACCAGCUCGGUCGAUGCUGACACCGAGCGAAACAUGCUUGCAAUAAUUGAGAGGGAGUUUGCUGGUUGCACUAUAGUUAUGGUUGCCCAUCGACUGCACAUUGUGUCUGAGUUUUGCGACAGAGUCCUUGUCUUGGAUCGCGGAAGAAUUGUAGAGGAUGGCGACCCUCGGGCGCUGUCAAGAGUCGAUGAAUCGUGGUUUGCAAGUCUCAUGGCAGCUGGAGGAUGA